AUGUCGUCCUCUUUGUCUGAUUCUUCCAUCCGCAAUCGCAGUAAUUCCACCGAAGACUCGGAAUUGCCAGAACAUGAGCACAAACGCCCGAGGCUGAGCGAUACCAAGCCUGACGGUACGCACAUCAUGUCGGACCUGCAGCAGGAACAGUUGUCUUCCACCACUGCACCUGCCAUUUCCAGUUCUGAUUCGCACGAUACUGGUACCCAGGAUCAACGUCAUCAUCUCACACCACCUUUACCUUCUUGUUCCUCCAUACCCACCACUGCUGUCGUCUCUCCCACCAGUAAGGUCACCAUCAACACCCGCCCAUUGUCGUCUCAAUCGGUUACACAGCCCACCCCUGCAGCCAUCGACUACUCCGGUAUGCCAACCAGUCAACUCUCCCCCCCUUCAGAAGGCCCGACGGUCUGUGGAGAGACCACACAAGACCCCCAUUCCCCGACUGUUGCUCCUGAAAUUGCCCCAGAUAUUCCCGAAACCAUAACGAUCUCGUCUUCUCCAAGUAAGAGUCCCGAAAUCGAGGUUGCUGAGGUUGAGGAUUUCGACCAAGAUCCUGCACAGACGAAAUGGACCGGUCGACUAGGCGAUGCAUCCCCUGCCCCAACGACAAAGUCGAUUCAAAUUGGUCAUGUUUAUCGUACCUUUCCCUUUGCGCAGGAAACCACCCCUGGUAAUGUCAGUCGAGUCGUUCAGCGGAUAGCCGAGCGAUUUCAACAUGGUACUACUCAGGAUGGAGAGCUUUUCAGUCGGGUCAAUGCUUGGAUGAUUGAUUUCGUUGACCGCUGCCCCGGAUUCUCCGCAAGACUCAUUGAAGAUGACCGGGAAUUCUGGGCGUGUCUACCGGACUUGGUAGGGGGACUCCUGAGGAGAGAGUCAGCGCCACCUGCGCAAGCUCGCACAGAAGACCUCGCCAAUUUUUUCAACGCAUACGCUCAAAUCACCACACUUCUCAUUGAAUAUGAUAUUCGGAAUCUACAAAUGCUAUCACAGAAUAUGGAUCCGUCUCGUCUACGCAACCUUACACUCAUAUCCGCACCAUAUCUACUACCCCUUUCCUGGGUCUUCCAAUUUCGAGUUCCUUUCUACGAGGCUUUGCAAAACUCGCACCAAUUUGACAUCGCACAGUUUCAUGCCCACCUCAUUGGGAGAAUUCUGGAUGCUCCAAAACCAGGACUUCUCUCCUUGGUUUCAAAGCUGCUUUCGGAACUCAGCCCGUUUCUGGCCAAGAGACAGGACUUCCUCAGAUCUUUCAUCAACCUCUUGAUCGUUGUCCAAUAUAUGAUGGGACGAAUCAAUACCAUCAAUUCACAAUUACUCGAUGUGCAGUGGCCGCCUCUCGCACAGCUCGAUCAGCUCCGUGACUUAUCCGCGGAAAUCAUCUUGGCGGCAGACAAUAUUCUUCAACAAGCGAUCGUCAAGCAGCAGCCGUGGUUGAACUUAGAUACCGCUCCCAAGCUCAUCGAGCAGCUUAAUCCUCUGAUGGCUAGUAUUGCAAUCGAGGUGCCUCAAAUUGGACGCGACAUCAUCUCCACUGCAGGCGUUGGCUUUGCAGACUCCGAUCUGACUGACCUACCGAGGACGAUGCCCUGGGCCUGGAAGUUCAAGACUCUCCGGAAAUUUGUGACUCAUGGACGAAUGGAGCUACGGGUUUGGGGCAUUGAAACUAUGUCGACCGACCUCAUACAGGUCUACAAGGACAACAUCGACGGCAGACCUCUGGCGCAUGCAAGAGCAAAUCCUCUAGUCCAAUUCUUGAUCAAGUUCAUUGUGGAAAAUCAAUUCGUUGAUUACAUUGUCGGAGUGGAUUCCCAUCCUCAAGUUAUUCGUCGCAGUCAUAACGUGGUUGGCUUUCUGUGUGUUUCUGGAACGUACACAGAUGCCAACACAGAUCAAAUUUGGGAAACAAUCAUCGGAAGCCAAGAUUCGAGGACGGUUCAUGAAGUAUUCAAUCUCCUGGCUAUGUGUUUUAAUGUUUACAAUUUGCCAGAGUUGUACUACAUCUGCCAAAAACUAUUUGACUUGCCAUUUCGCCAAUACGACCCACACGUGGUUAGUUUCACACAGGCUCUGUUCAGUGUAGUGCGUGCACGUGUGGGUAAUGUCCACCCGUCCUCAGAUUUCGCUACAGACCCUGUCACGAGACAGCUUUGUAUUCGACUUCUGCGAGAAGCGACAGUCCAAGAGAAUCUUGACCUAGAACAAGCCAUCACGAUUCGCAGAGAAUUCACCCAGCAAUUAACAAUGUUACUGACACUCGGUCACCAUGAACCUGCGCUCAUGACUAUUGACGCAGAAGAACAGCGUCUUAUCAUAAGUGAGGCCACUGCAAGAAUCGAGAGCCACCAUGACGCCGCUGGGGGAGACCUCCUGACGCUGCAAGCGAUGAUCCCUCUUAUGAGUUGGGAUACCUUUCCGGUUUUCGUGGAGACACUCAAUCUAACGGCUUUACUGGUUGCAGAGUUCGUUCACCUACGUGACCGAUACCGACAGGCUUCUGAACAAGGAGAUUGUAUGUCCUCUUUUGACACGAUCUACGACAUAUAUGCCACCACACUCUACCAUUUCAUUCGGUGGCUCCCUCAGACCUUUACUCCUGAACUUGUGGACGUGCUGUGGAAAUCAUAUUUCACUUCACCGGACCUUCCUCCGACUAUUCGUGCAAGAUCCUGGGAAACCUUGACUCACGCGCUAAGGCUCAAGCUGUCAAGGAAUGAAAAUUCGAUCCUGGAUCUAAUUAUUGACGAACAUCUCCAAAGUCUCGGACCGGCAGACCAUUGCGAGCGAUUGCUAGAAUUCAUUAAAGUGUCUGUUCAAUACACCAUUCGGCAGUCUCCACAUACUCUCCUGGAUUCAGAAGAGGUCGUCAUUAUCCCAGGCAUUGAACGACUCUGGAAAGUAGUGCUCGAGGCACCACCGAAUACUGUCGAGAAUGAAGCCACAGACUUCAUCAUCCAUUCGUAUCUGGAUCACAGCCUGAUCACAAAACGAGACAAGGCAACAAUCGAUCUCACACAUUCUUCACUCGUAGAUCGAUGUGUACGCCAGGUGAUGUCUUCGGCAUCGAGAUUGAAGACCUACACGGAUGGUACCUUGAGUGGUGAAGAUGAACCAAUGGUCGUUGUGGCUACCGAAGAUGAAGUCCGUGCUGAAGAACUUCGCUUCGAGAGAUCAUUACUCUUUCUCCGGAAAUUCCUCGAAGGCAUGAAAUCACGACCUAGGUACAGCCCUUUACCGACCAGAUCUUCCGGUCUGCCGGAUUUUCCAGGUGUGAAAGGUGCUCUCAUAGAAUUGAGCAUACAGAUCCACGGUAGCAAGUACGUCACAGAUGAGAUUCAGAAGUUGCAUGUGGGCGGUGAGAACACUGGCGACGAGCUCUUCAAAUAUCUCACGGAUACAAGCGGCUUUACUCAACCCAGCGUAUUCCAUCGUGGUCAGAAGGCUACUAUCGAAAAUUCGAAGACAAUUCUGUUGGACACCAAGUUGAAUCAAGGUCUUGUGUUGAUCAUGAAGACAAAUAAUACUCCAGAGAAUGUCCCGACUCGUUCAGCACGCGCAAGCUCACCAGUUGAUAGCAAAAUCAUGCAUCAUUUUGAUGAGCUGUACGACCUCCUCGACGCGGAUGAGCGCCUGUCGAGGGAAGUUUAUGGCUUUCUCAUCCUAUUCUCUGCUCAGACGGAAGUGGUGCGCUUAAUAAGAUCUAUGGAGAAAGCGCCUGCGGAACUUCUUCCCCCGGGGAGGCCGUUCAAACUGUUGUAUUGUGCAAGAGCCCUGCGAUCGUGCAUCGAGGUCGAUUCAUUCAGUUCAAAUCCGGAUACAACAUUCCUUUCCUACAGUGUUCGCGCUAUUAUCAAAACAUUGCCAGAGCUUGAAUUAAGUAAUCCGGACCACCCCCUACAGAUCUCGAUUGUGCAUGGGUUGAUGGAGGCUUUGCUAUUGGCUUUCCGUGCCAAGGUACCCGCCGAAGCCUCACUGGAAUAUUUUGAGGACCAGAAAGAGUUUGUCACUCAAAUAUCAAGGCUAUUGCGCUUUAGCCUUGAUUGUGAAAGCACACCUGUUGAGGGACUGUCAACAAGCCUCAUGGUUAAACUCAUUCUUGAAAGUUUCAUUGAAGCCUGUCUUCAUGAUGACAGAGUUUGGAACAGUGUUAAUGCUGACGGAAAUCUUCAACAACUGAUGUUCACGGCGUUUGUGCAAGACCCUCGUGUCGAAGUACGCCACUCUCUCCUGGAGGUUGUUGUUGGUUUGACUGGUGCGACGGGCAACAAAUUACAUCUGAAGAUGAACAAUCCUCGAGCACCACGCUCUAGAUUCCCUGCAUCGGUGAUCGAAGGUUGCUUGAUGCAUCUCUGGACUGCCCUGGUCAAUGUUCUUCCUCGUGCAUGCCUCCAACCACAGCGUUGUGCAGAAAUAUGUGAGACCAUGCUCUCCAUCAUGAAGAGAACCGGGAAGGCAUUCGAUACUGACAUGCUGCGACACUACUUCCAUAAUUGGAGUGCAAUCCUUUUGAAGCAUGAGCAUGUCGAAGUGGUUGGCCAACCUCUUGACGACCACGUCGUGGCAUGUUUGACCAAACUCAUACUUGAGUGUGCGAAGUUGUUGAAGAAUGCAAAAGCUCUUCCUCCGAGCACCCAGCUCAUCGAAGAUCUCAUUACACUAUUUCUUUUUCCUCCCCUAUCAGACAGUGGUCUCGUGGUUGAAGAGACUACGACAUUGCCAAUACUGGAAGCAAAUUCACGUGAAAGCCUCUACAACCUCGUAUUGGUACUUUGCCAAGAACCAGAAGAUAUGUCUGCCAUCAUUUCGAAAUUGAACGAUGACCUACUUCCCCAAGAUUUCUUCGAACCCAUGUUCAGCCAUGAUCGCCAAGCUCUACGUACAGAAGUUGGCUAUGCUGGACUUCGAAAUCUUUCCAACACCUGCUAUCUGAACUCUCUUUUCGCACAACUAUUCAUGAAUGUCCAAUUUCGUGGUAUCUUCCUCAACUCUCCGUCGUUGGACCCUUCCAAGCAGAAUCUUGUCACCGAAUUAGCGAAGGUUUUUGCCUUCAUGCAAAAUUCGUAUGAGAAGUCUGUCGACCCGUCUGGUGCAGUCGAAGCGAUAACCACUUAUGAGGGGGAACAGAUUGAUGUAUCUGUGCAGAUGGAUGUGGACGAAUUUUUCAACCUGUUGUUCGACCGGCUUGAGGGCCAGAUUGAUGGUCCUGCGAGGGAAAUAUUCAAGUCGAUCUAUGGUGGUCAACUCGUCCAACAAGUCAAGUCCAAAGAAUGCGAGCAUAUUUCCGAAAGACUCGAACCUUUCUCUGCGGUUCAAGUCGAGAUCAAGGGCAAAGCCAGACUGGAAGACAGUCUUCGUGCUUAUGUCGAGGGUGAAGUUUUGCAGGGUGAGAACAAAUACUCCUGCACCUCAUGUGGGCGCCAUGUGGAUGCGGUCAAACGCGCCUGUCUCAAAGAUGUCCCUGAUAACUUGAUAUUCAAUCUCAAGCGCUUCGACUAUGACAUCAUGACGGGUAUGCGAGCCAAAGUCAACGAUGAGUUCCAAUUUCCGGACACUCUCGAUAUUGCGCCAUACACACUUGCUCGCCUCAGUGACGAUAGGGAGGAUGGAGAACCUGAUGUUUUCCAGCUCACUGGUGUGAUCGUUCAUUCUGGUACCGCAGAUUCGGGGCACUAUUAUUCAUACAUUCGCCAGCGGCCCUCUGUCAAAGAUGUUCAAGACUCUUGGGUGCAAUUCAAUGAUCAGGACGUGACAGUGUUUGAGCUUUCACAGAUGCGCGAGCAGUGUUUUGGUGGAAAUUCCGACACAUUUUACAACCUGCCGAAGUUUUACAGCGCUUAUAUGCUUUUCUACCAACGCACAUCCAGUAUCCAGAAAGUUGAGCGGCAAUUCCACAACCCAGGCACUAUCAAUCCUGUGCGUUUGCCACUCCCUUAUUAUAUGGAACAUCAUCUGGCUCAGCACAAUGAACUUUAUCUCAGAUCCUACUGUGCCCAAGAUAGCUCUCAUGCCAAGUUUGUUCUCCUUCUGCUCGAGCGCAUGAAGAUUGGCAAUGGCGGGGAGUGUAGUCAGGACCACACAAUUGAGUCGAACACCAUUGAGAUGGCAAUUGAGUAUGUUCGUCAGAUCUCGUCAAGAUGGAAAGACUUGCCUUAUCUCGAAGAGACACUGAAGUGUUUCCAAACUUAUGUUGGACAAUGUCCCUCUUGCGCUCGGACAGUUGCUCAUUGGUUCACGGGAAGCAGAAUCGUUGAAGAUGUCAUCGUGCGGAGUCCUUAUCCAGCCGUGAGGAAAGGCUUCAGUGCUCUCUUCAUAGACACCUUUGAACGAUUACAUACACUGAAAUCUAGGAUGUCCCCUGAUGGAGACGAAUACAGAAAUCUCGAUAGGGAUUACACUCAGUGGCUCGAAGCGGGCAUCAUACAGAUGUCAAAGUUAUGGGAGACCGUCAUCAAAACCAGUCGAUGUUGGUCUGAGUACUUCGGCAUUCUCAUCAGUAUCAUCAGACUAGGGGAAUCGGAGCUCGCUAUCGUUCUGGACGAAGAAUUCAUCGAGAAAUGCAUCGAACUCAUCACGGUGCAUCUCAACAAUCCAGCCGAUUUUCCGAUCAACAAGAGAUUGAAGACUCGAUACAGUAUCUACCUGGCAGCGCGAGAUCGCAAUCGGCCGUACAAUCAUAAUGUGCUUGUCCGGCUCCUGGUGAACAUGCUGACGAGGGUGGAUCUCAACCUUCCACCUGAUGACUAUCGUGCCGGAGCUAAGAAGCUAGGUCUGACAUAUGUUGAGCAUGAAAUUCUCGGACUUGGAAAACUACCGCUGGUCCUGGAGUGGCUGAGACGCCUUAUUGCUGGUGGCUUUAAUCCUCAUGCGGUCGAUUCUCUCAUCGAGUAUCUGGCUGGUGACCGUCGUCUAGCAGGUUCUGUGGCUGACACUAUUAUCAAGGGGCUAAACGAUCGUAUUGUUAACACCGCGGUCAAUUUUCUCCGACCCACUGUUGUCUUUUGCGAGAACUGUCCAUUCGAGCCACAUAUAACCGACCUCAUCCCACCAGCCUUGGAAAGUAUUGCUACAGUUGGGAUUGAUUACAGCAAAGACUAUCUGGAGUUCAUCGAGUCAUUACUGAAGGCGGAAAAUGCAUCCUUAAGGGCCGAUCCUGGCUUUCUUGAGGAGUCCAUACUGCAAGCCAUCGGUCACUGGGCUCCAACGUUUCUUCUGUCCACAAACGACAGCCAGAUCAACAUCCGGGAUGCUACAGUGAACUUACUGCAGAGAAUCCUGUUCAUUCCCCUUUCAGCAGCCGAAACCGAUGAUCCUCGACUCUAUGCUGUUCUCCGGAUGGUCUGUCAAGAUCUUGCAUCCAGCUGUCAGAAUUUCGUUCAUCGGACCUUUCUGUCUCCUCGCGGUCGGGACGGUGCAACAUUACACCCUGGACAAGCCAAUCAGGUUCUCGAAGUGGUGGAACACUGUACGCAGUAUUUCAGCAUCGACAGUCCGAUGGAAGAGGCCAAAUUGGCGGAGAUUAACAACACGAUGACUCAAUUGAGAUUCAAGGCCGAGUCUACAAUUGAAACAAUGAGUCCUGCGGAGUGGCAAGAGAAUAGCAGUGAAUUGGCGGAACUCAGUAAUGAGGAAUACGAGGAGAUCAAUAGCCCAUAG